AUGAUAGUGGUGGAUGUACUAGUAGCGAUAUUGCCCUCAAUUUUAUAUUUUGAACAAAUUUAUUAUAUAAUAAAAAGUAAAGAAAAUAUAGGAUAUUCAAUUGAUACAAGUGGUAUAUUGCUUUUUGCAAACUCAACGAGAAUAAUCUUCUGGUUUGGUGAGCAUUAUCAGAUAAAUCUAUUGAUUCAAUCUAUUUUAUUAAUAUUAACACAUUUGUUGUUAUUAUACGUCUGUAUAAGAUAUUCACCGCCAGCUUAUCAAUCGAGAUAUUUAGAUUUCUGGCAGUGGAAUAAGUAUUACGUAUAUGUACUUAGUUUAAUAAGUUAUAACUGUCUAUUAAUUGGUUUAUACUUUAUAUUACAUAGAUAUCAUAUCUUCGUUAAUAUUUUGGGAUAUUUAGCACUCGGAUUAGAAGCUACACUGCCAAUACCUCAGAUAAUAAAGAAUUAUCAACAAAAGUCACUAGAAGGAUUUAAGUACACAAUCUUAUUGGGAUGGAUAGCAGGUGACUCUUUUAAAGUAGUAUACUUUAUUUUACAAUCAUCUCCAUUACCAUUCGCUCUAUGUUCAAUCAUACAAGUUACUUUCGAUAUUAUUAUUAUUAUUCAAGCAUUUUUGUAUAAAAGUAAGAAAUAAACAAAUAACUGUACGAUUACUUGUUGAUAUCCAC